AUGGCUUCUACUUAUGACGUCAAUGGAGUCCCUACUGUGACCUUGAACACCAUUCAGCUUCUAACCGGCUAUAAUUACAAGAAGUGGAGAAACCAAAUUGAUUUUUACCUAGCCAUGAACCAGAACAUGGACCUUUGCUUAACUGAAGAUGAACCUGAGAUGCUUACUAGUGAGAGCACUGAUGAAGAGAAGAAAUAUUAUAAGGAGUGGCAUAAAGCUAAUAAGAUGGCAAAGAAUGUGAUUAGGACUACUAUGUCAGACACUGUCAGAGGUAGCAUAGAAGAACCUGAUUUAACCAUGGAUUUUCUGUAUGCUAUUCAUGGCAUGUAUAGGGAAAGUGAUAAGGCUGAGGCAGCUAGGCUGGCAAAGGAAUUUAACGACCUUAAAUACACUGGAACAUGA